AUGAAAGUUGGCAAAGAGUGUCCAGAAAUCUUUCACAGAAGCGCUUCCCAGCUUCCUCUUCGAACCACUUCAGCAUUUCUGAAGCCAAAACGCGAUUCCAGUGAAGUCAAAAUCACGUUUUCACCUUUCCAUUUCUCGAUUUCAUUUUCUCUUCGCAACUCCGAUUACGCAUUUGCGUUACGCGCGGGAAUGAACGUUCCUCGCAUUCUGGAAAACCCUCGAACAGCGCCGGUAACUGCAAUUUCAAAGCCAUUUAAGCCCUAUCAGCCUAUAAAGAAAUCUCUAACACCACUUUGCAGGGUAAAUAGUUUGAUUGAUGCAGCACCUACGGGGAAUGAUAAAUUUAGUGAAAAGACAAAGGAAAUGGUUUCUUUAAGGUGUUUGGAAAUGUCCAGAAUUCAAAUGUCUUAG